AUGCCCGCGGAAACAAUACCAGAGGCUUUCGUCGAGGAACUAAAGAAGAGAGAACUGGAGAGGGAUGGGGAAGAUGACGAAGGACGCCAAAGGAAGAGAGUCAGAGCCGACACAAUCACGUUACUAGAACCAGAAGAUAAGCACACCGAAGUAGAGGAAGUCACAGUCAUUCAACCGGAGAAGUCUUUAGACCUGUACAGUCAUAAACGCCUCCAGAGGGGUCUACGUUACAUUAACGCUGAAGUCAAACGUGAUAUUACACCAAGAACUAGGGAAGUACUCAAGCUUGCAAAGGACGCCUACAAAAUUGCACUUGAAAGCGAGGAAUUGGAUCUAUCAGCCUGUGCCGUUGUCCAGGCAUAUGAUAGAGUGUACUAUUCCCCAGCGUUUUAUCUCAGGUCUGAUACAUCAGAAGACAAGGAAAGAUCACAGUUAUUACUUCAAUUAAGACGAUGGGAAUUUCUGGCCAAUUACGGUGAUUAUGCAGCCGAAGAUUUGAAGAAUUUCCGUGAUCAUUUAAAGACGGCGGCGGGGAGAGACCAAACCACCGAACUAUGGAACGCAUCUAGAGCUCUUAGCUCUAAGAAAUCAUGGCAAGAAAUGGCAGAUGAAAUCGCUAGAGAUGUAGGCGGCUUGAGAGGACAAGUUUUCAUCGCUUCUGAUGCCUUGGGAUUAGACCCCAACCACAUGUUAUGGUUAAUCAGCGAGUAUGGUCAAAGGAACGAGAUGUUCCACAACAAUGCCUCAGGCUUUAUCAAAAAAUGCCACUGGACAGACUUAGCGCAGCAACUCCACCGAGAUCUGACAGAACUACCACAUACCAUGACUGACAACGCUACUAUCGAGAACUAUACGAAGGUCAUAAACAGAAUUAUGCACGAGUACUUCUUGAACGCCGACGUCACAAGAGAUCCCAAAGAAUGGUUCCCAAACAGCAAGGCAUGGAAGCUAAGCGAAGACAAGAGUAGGUUAGAGGAUAAGCAGAAGGGGAAGGAGAAGCAGUGA